CCAAUCAAAAAGAAGACAGGAAGACGAGAAGGAGAAGGAAGGAAAUCUUAUGUCUCGGGAAAGAAAGAAGCAAAAGACUUUCCCUCUGUUUGAUUGGCAUGUUGCCUGUGCUGGUCGUCCACGGGGGGGCAGGACAGAUCCCCAAAGAGCGGGUAGAGAUGGCAUCUGCAGGGGUGCGAGCCGCGGCCCGGGCUGGCUACGCUGUGCUGCAGGGGGGGCGGAGCAGCAUGGACGCAGUGGUGGAGGCCGUCACCAAUUUAGAAAACAACCCCAGCUUUAACGCAGGCUAUGGCUCAGUGCUGAAUGUUAAAGGAGAGGUGGAGAUGGACGCCAUUGUGAUGGAUGGACGUACGCUGGCCAGCGGUGCCGUUUCUGCUGUUCGAAACAUAGCCAACCCUAUUCAGCUGGCCCGGCUGGUCAUGGAGCAGACCAGCCACCUAUGCCUGACAGCGGGGGGUGCCGGACAGUUUGCCCGGGCCAUGGGGAUGCCGGAGGUCCCGGGGGACUCCCUGAUCACUGAGUACGCCCGCACGCGCUGGAAGAAGAACCUGGCCCCCGACGCAAACCCUGUUGAGAGUCAGAUGGGAAAGAUGGGUACGGUGGGCGCAGUAGCAGUGGAUGAGGACGGGAGCAUCGCCUGUGCCACGUCCACGGGCGGCAUGCUCAACAAGAUGGAGGGCCGAGUGGGAGACACGGCCUGCAUAGGGUGUGGGGGCUAUGCUGAUAACAGAGCAGGAGCAGUAUCUCCUACAGGCCAUGGAGAAGCCAUCAUGAAAGUGACGCUGGCUAGACUCAUCCUGUUCCACAUGGCGCAAGGCAUGUCCCCGGAGGAGGCCAGCGACCUGGGCCUGGCCACCAUGAAGGAACGAGUGGAGGGGCUGGGCGGCGUGGUGACGGUAGACCCCCAGGGCCGAUGGGCCGCCCGCUUCACCACCACCCAGAUGGCGUGGGCCGCGGCACAGGGGGGCACCCUGCACUUCGGCGUGUUCUCCGGAGAGGACGUUACCCAGGACAUCGGCGACCCCAACUGAUGGCUGAGCAGCGGCGCCGCGUUACGUUUCAGAGGCCGAGGUGUUUAUCCGGAUGCUUUUAUUUUGGUAUUAUUUGCGAAUCACCAAUCAAGUCGUUAUUAUUUUAAAUGAACAGGGGAGAAGCAAGACACACUGGAACGUGGGGGCCUGGGGUAUUUGAGAUGAGGGCCUUCUGGACUUGUAUUUCAAUAUUAGAGACCUUAUUACUUUUUAAACUACUUGAUUUAAAUGGCUGCAGGACAUUUCAUGUUUUUAUUUCAUUAGUUAGUGUUAAAAAUUCUAUAUUGUAUUGAAUAUAUUCGUAUGCAACUAUGUAAAACAAUACAUUUAUGUUAAGUUUAAACUGAAAGUCUUUCAAAUGAUUAUUGUUCUCAUUUCAAUGUGUCGUGAAAAAAAAUGAUUGGUAAUAAUAAAUCCUCUAGAAAUUUUA